AUGAAGGUUUUACAUACUGUGAAGGAAGUCGUGGACUGGAGAAACACGAAUGUCGACCGGAAAACACAAACAAGUGGGUUUGUGCCCACAAUGGGGUGUCUACAUGAAGGACAUAUGUCACUCAUAAGAGAAUCUAAGAAAGAGAAUGAUUUCACUAUAGCAAGCAUUUUCGUGAAUCCCUCGCAAUUUGCGCCGACUGAAGACUUGGAUAAGUAUCCUAGAACUUUGCAGAAUGAUUUAAACCUACUAGAAUCGUCGGGAGUUGAUAUGUGUUUUGUUCCUGGCGCGGAUGAAAUGUAUCCUCAAGGAAUCCCAUUGCGUGUGGAGGAGCAAAGAGGUCCGUUUGUCACUGUUUUGGGUGUGAGUGAACAACUGGAAGGCCGCACGAGACCCAACUUUUUCCGGGGAGUUGCGACAGUUGUCACCAAACUGCUAAAUGUGGUUCUUCCUACGCACGCCUAUUUUGGUCAGAAAGACUAUCAGCAAUAUACCGUUCUUCAAAUGAUGGCCAAAGAGCUGUUCAUGAAUACGGAGCUCAAAAUGAUGCCCAUUGUACGCGAUUCCGGUGGCCUGGCUUUAAGUAGUAGGAACCGCUAUUUGUGCGAAGAUUCGCGUGAAAUUUCGAAAAAUAUCUACCGCGGAUUGAAAGCUGCUGUCUCGAAACUACACAAGCAAGACGGCGCCAAAAUGGAGAGAUCCGUGCUCUUGGACACGGUACAAGAAAUUUGGGCGCCCUUUGUAGCCUCUGGGGAUUUCAGCGUAGAUUAUCUGUCCAUAGCCGAUGCCUCAACCUUGCAAGAGUUGGACCAGGUGCCAAACAGCAUCAAUGUAGUGAUCAGUUGUGCAGUGUACGUCAAGGAUAGAGCUAAUGGGUCAACCGUGGUCCGCUUGAUAGACAAUAUUCUCGCUUGA